CUUACCCAGGCCGGCGGACUCCCCCCCACACGUGUUUGUUAAGAUUCGGUGCCUAAUAUUUCCGCCUGUGUCUGAAGCCGUCGAUCGAUCAUUAGGUCUCCUUGUCCAGCCACAUUGGAAUUCCACAUUUGGCAUCAUUGAUGGGCAUUUGCGGCGAUUGUUGAGGAAGUCCUCAUCCACAGCAAUAUCUGCCGAUCUGGAAUGAAAAAAAAAAAGGUGGUGAGGCCGAGUGGGCUGAUGAAAUAAGCUGGAUGCAGCAAGGUCAGCCCAUCAGCCCCGAGACAUAGGGAGACAACAGUCAACACAACCAGGUACUUAAGUAAAGAGUCACAUACUCAUGACCCAAACAUGUCACCGAAAGACGUUGCUGACAAGCCAUUGGUCGGCUGAGCUGGGUUGGCUUGUCAUACAGUCGACUUCAGGAUUCUUACAAACGGUACUGCCCGCUGUAGAACUGAAAUUGAAGUCUUUUCUCGACCAAAGUCUCAUAACGCCUUGAGGCUUCUGGAUCCUGAUCUAGAUAGCAACCAUGACAGCCCUGGAGGCUGUAAUCAAGAACAUUGUGGACAAGACUUUCUGGUCGAUUUCGAGAGCAGAGUGAUUCCCCCGUAUUGCUGUGUUGUGUGUCAACUCCAGCAUCUCGGUCACACUUUUGAACUGGCCAACUAGUGUGGACUGAUCCCCAUUGCUAGGUCAUCGCGUCGCCACGAUUAAUCAUCUGGCCCGUCUCUGAACCACGGGCAAACCCCAAUUGAACAUUUGAAGCUUCUCAUCAACUCAACAACGCGUUCCACGCAGGUGACAUCAGAGUCGCGAGACAUGUGCUUGUUGUGGCAAAAGGUCGGCAAAUUCUAUCCAGGCGUGAGAGAAGAUUUGUUGGCAAGAAUCCAGAGUCAGUCCUGAUCUCCUCUUCUACCAUCCAAGAUUUACAGUCUGGCUUCCGUCGGUCUUAUCAGCGGUCUGUUAGAAGGCCUUUGGUUGCCGCCGAUGUCAUCCAUGGCGCUCAGUCCGUCUCGGGGGUCGGCAAUUGGGGAUCGAUAUUAUCGACAUUAAGCUUACUCCAUGCUGGCUCGUCCUCCCAUGCUCAACCCCGCCUCCGACUCUCAGCACGAAACAUGAAACACAUGCAGUCGACUGGUCCAACCACAGCAACUCUCGCCCACCAAUUAGCCCUUCAUGUCCCUCGUGGCGCCCCGGUGCAACCAAAGCCCCCAUGACAACCCAAGGUUUGAGCUAUGAAGCUUCAUUCAUGCUAAGACUUUCCCAGGUCCCAGAGAAGCCCCCGUUGAAGCCCCUCCCGCGUCCUAGGUCCCGCCUUCGCCCUGGUCAUGUCAUCGGCAGCCGUUCGCUUGGGGCCAUUCUUCUUGACCGCAGACUAGAUUGGAGUUCGAGGUUCUGCGCUUGGGGAUUGGUUCGUCUGAGGUCGAGCACCGACGACAUCUACCACCCUGUAAUGCUUGGAUCAUGCAUGCGUGCUGUUUCCGUCCACAAGUACCCUAGGUAUCUACCUGCCUAGUAGGUAGGUCUUGAAGUGCAAGAGCUGCCGCGAUGCUGAACAACAUCCUCACUUACGCCUGGCUCCUCGCCGUCUUUGACGUGUCCAGUCAUGUGUGCGCCUACGAACCAAACACCGGUUCCAUUGCCACCGGCGACCUGAGCGCAGCAGCCCCGUACGGACUCCCCGCGAGCAAGUUCCAGUCCGACACGGACAAGCCCGACGCGGCAGCCACCUUCAACGUCACCGGCUAUGAUGUCUCUGCCGACAGCACGCCCCAAUCCGUCGACGGGUGGAAGCUCGAGGCAGCAGUCAAGAGCGGCGUGUCCCUGUCCGACGCUACCAACAUCAGCGUUAAUAAGGACCAGGUGUUUGAGGCUACUACUCUGUAUAUCCAGGCGCCCGACAACAUGAAGUUCGCCGAUACCUGGAGGAUGUGUUCCGUGGUCUAUCCUGGCCUGGUCAACAGCGUGGACUCCUCCACCGCCGUGGACGGCUCCUGCAGUGGUAUUCUCUCGACCGAGUGUGUCCAGGCGCUUACAGUGGCCGCUGGCGGAGCGAAUUCGAACGGCAUGGACAAGAAUGGGAACUGCACCGAGUUUGUCCUGCCCGCGAGGUGUACCGAAGCUUUCCCAAAUGACAGUGUCAGGAUGCAAGCCAUAGCAAUCAACCAAACCGUUCUUGACGACAAGCGGUUCUACGCGUACGGGAGCACGCCAGGCGACUCCGGGAACAGCACCGCGGCGGGCCAAGAAGCGCAGCAGAACGUCUGGCCCGUCGUGAACAUCUUUGGUCACCUUUCGUCGAGCGGGACCCGGGACUCGACCAAUGUAGGAGUUCAAUGCGUUCGCGCGAUCAACGGGACGACCGAUAACGUCACAUCUGGAGCAGCCCGUGUCGUGUGGGCAGCUGGUCACACGGCCAGCGUGCUAGGGGGUCUUGUAGUUCUGGGAUGGAUCAUGGCGGUGUAGGUCCAGGCAUUGGAGUCUUCAAAAGAGAUUGGCUGUUCUUUUUCAAGCACACCCCGAGUGGGCUGCGAGAGGAAUUUCUGCGAGGCAGGACAUGUGGACCCUGCUUCGUAUAAUCGGUGAUACCAAGUAGAUUUCAUUGACUGGAAGGGUACAGCAGCAUUCUCGAAUGCUAUUACUGGUCGGGUCCACUAUUUUCCCACUUCAUGUGCUGCAUAAUCAUCUACAGGCAAGCAAGGAUCCUUGAUCGUGUCUGUUUCUAAUCUUGGAGAGCCUCUGCCAUGACCGAUACACAGGUCUCUGUACUUUGAGCCAAGCCACCACGCGCAUAUCGAAGCUGGCGACCCUUAAUUACCGGCAUGAAGUCCAGUAUGGCAUAUGUCUUUGUACCUCACACGAUGCCAGGAGAGAAGAACGUUUGAGCUUCUUUGAUGUGAUUCACAACCGGGAUCUACAAGUAUACUUGGCAAAAGAAAAGAAAUGUACCCAAAAGCAAGUGCUAAUCAAACCAAGCGAACAAGGAAAAUAUCUAUGAGUUGUCCUCCUCUGGCUCGUAGCCCAUAUUAGAGAAAUAGCCACCGUUCUACAUAAACUCCCCUGUCUUUUAUUUCAAGUGUCCUUCCCACCCCAUGGAAUCAAAAACAACGGCUUAAAUCACAUAUCCCGGAUUACAAGCUCGUCCCGUCCUAGACGCGCUCAAGGAUCUUCGUCAGCUCCGCAGCGAAGCUAUCCAUCAAGCCCAUGACCGCCGCGCGGUCCCCACCAAAAAGAGCCUCGUCGCCACUCGCCGCGACGCUGACCCCGCCGUCACGGACAAUGACGUUGAAAAAGAACCUGUGUGGGCUGAGGUGGCCCGUCUCGAGCCCCUCGAUCAUCGAGUCCGCGGUGGUCGACGGCUCCGUGACGGUGAAGUACUCCGAGGCAAGGCGCUCGUCAAGCCUGUGCCUCUGGAGCACCGCGAGCCCGGCGUCACCUUGGCUGUUGCCGUCGUCGGUCUUGGCUUCGCCGGGGUAGAGGAUGUUGAUGUGCGCGUUGAACCUGGGGCUGAACCUCUGCGCGCCGUCCGACUGCGCGAACUUGGUGAGCUGCGCCAAGUGGCCCUGCACGAACUCGAUCAGAUCCUUGUCAUUCGCGGCCGCUGACGCCUCGCCGAGAUCAAGGCUGAAGGGGGUCGUGGUCAUGGUAGGGGCGUUGGCGUCGGUCAGGUCUAGGGUCUGGGUCUCGUCCGCUGAGGACAGCGACCGCGCCGCGUGGUUUACGCCGAAGGUGGGCCGGGAGCAUCCUGUGAGAUUCUGCAGCGUCCUGGCGUACGCAAGGAUGAUGGCCGCUGAGGUGCCCGCCUUACCGGCUGUUUGCGAGAGUUUGUCGGCGGUGGCUUGUGGGAUGGCAUUUUGGCUUCUCACCUGGAAGUGAGGGCCAAAGGGCGAAGGUGAGGCCGCAUCGUCUUGGUUGCCGAGCAGGGUGUCCUCCGCGUGUGCCAGGUGGGCUUCCC